GGAGUGGGCGUGGCCAUGGUUCAUGGGCGUGGUUUUCCCGCGUUAUGGGCGUGUCAGUGGGCGUGGCCUGCGCCGUGGCGCGCCGGGAAGGCGGAAGCGGCUCCCGGGCCCCGAGUGCCGGGACCGGGGGUCCGGAGGGGCCAUGGCCGGGGCCGGCUGGGCCCCGCCGCGCCUCGAUGAGUUCAUCCUCACCGAGCCCCUCGGCUCCGGCACGUACGCCACCGUCUACAAGGCCUACAGGAAGAGGGACACGCGUGAGGUGGUGGCCAUCAAAUGCGUCAACAAGAGGAGCCUGAACCGGGCGUCGGUGGAGAACCUGCUGACAGAGAUCGAGAUCCUCAAGACCAUCCGCCAUCCCAACAUUGUGGAGCUCAAGGACUUCCAGUGGGACAGUGACCACAUCUACCUGAUCAUGGAGUUCUGUGCCGGGGGGGACCUCUCCCGCUUCAUCCGCACGCGCCGGAUGCUCCCCGAGAAGGUGGCACGCGUCUUCCUGCAGCAGCUCGCCUGCGCCCUGAAGUUCCUCCACGACCGCAACAUCUCCCACCUGGACCUGAAGCCGCAGAACAUCCUCCUGAGCUCCCCGGAGAACCCCCAGCUGAAGCUGGCAGAUUUCGGCUUUGCUCAGUACAUGUCCCCGUGGGAUGAGAAGCACGUGCUGCGUGGCUCCCCGCUCUACAUGGCCCCUGAGAUGGUGUGUCGGCAGCACUACGACUCCCGCGCGGACCUGUGGUCCGUGGGUGUCAUCCUUUACGGUGGGCUUGGCUUUUACUGCCCCGGGGGGCUCUACUCAGGGCUGCUUUCCCCCUCUCCAUCUCCCCCCACCGCUCCUUUUCCUCCCACAGAAGCACUUUUUGGAAAGCCGCCCUUCGCUUCCCGCUCCUUCGCCGAGCUGGAGGAGAAGAUCCGCAGCGACCGGGCCGUGGAGCUUCCCAGCCGGCCCCAGCUCUCUCUGGAAUGCCGGGAUCUCCUCGGGCAGCUGCUGGAGAGGGACCCUCGGAAGCGCAUCUCCUUCGAGUGCUUCUUUGCCCACCCCUUCGUGGACAUGGAGCACAUCCCCGGCCCCGAGAGCCUGGGCAAGGCGACCGAUCUGGUGGUGGAGGCAGUGAGGAAGGAUCAGGAGGGAGACGCCAGUGCCGCCUUCUCCCUCUACCGCAAAGCCCUGGAGUAUUUCGUGCCAGCGCUGCACUAUGAAAGCGAUGCUCGGCGCAAGGAAGCCAUCCGGGCCAAGGUGAGGCAGUACAUCUCCCGAGCAGAGGAGCUGAAGGUGUUGGUCACUUCCAGCAACAAGAACCUCCUGGAGAAAGGAAAUCCGGCCAGAGAGCUCCUUAAAGAGAUGGCCAAGGACAAGCCUCGGCUCUGCACGGCGCUGGAAGUGGCUUCAGCUGCCAUCGCCAAGGAGGAGGAAGGCAGGGAUGACAGUGACGCCCUGGAGCUGUACCAGCAGAGCUUGGGGGAGCUGCUGCUGCUCCUGGCCGCGGAGCCGGCGGGGCGGCGGCGGGAGCUGCUCCAUGCCGAGGUGAGUGCCAGCCUUGCGACAGCCGGCCAUCCCCCGUGGCCUGGCCCCAGGAGGACUGCACCCUCUCUCUGUCCCCACCAGAUCCAGACCCUGAUGGCCCGAGCCGAGUACCUGAAGGAUCAGAUCAAGGCCCCUCUCCCUUGGCAGAUGCGGGAGGCACAAUCCAUGGGCAAAGAGGCGCUGGCAGAGUCCGUCCGGAGCGGCUGUACCUUGCAGUGACUCCCGGGAGCUGCUCACCGCCCUGCCAGGAGACACCGGCGCCAAGACGAGGUUCUGUCCCCGCCACCAGGGUGACACCUGGGGGGUCACCUCGGGCUCUCAGCCCCGGGGGCUCCACAGGGACAUCUGCCCCUCUCCCAGGCGCUGGCUCCUUUCCCUGCCAGCCCUGCCUCUCCCGUCUGCUGCUGCAGCCUCCCCUGCCACAGCGGGCGGGUUAUUCCACUCUAAUUCCCUCCGCUGGCUGCUGUGGGAAGGGUAUUUUUAUCCUGGCCCUGGGCUCUGGCAGGACAUCCCCCCUGCUUUUUUGGCUGGCUGGUUCUUCCACCUCCCAAAUUCUUGGGGAGCCCACACGGCCCAGGUCCACAAAUCUGGCCGGGCACUGAGGGUGGACAGGGAUGCUCCGCUGUGCCUUCCUCGCCCAGCAUCUACCUCUGCAUCCACUGCUGCUCGUCCAGCACCCACUGCACUGUCCCAGCCCAGCCAGAGCUCCCUCCAUCUCACUGCUGGAGCACUGGGAAUGUGGCUUUUCCUUCCUAAACCUGGAGCGUGACAGCUUCUGGCUGCAUCAUCGGUGUCACGACCGUGAGCAGUGCUCAGCAGGGACCCGCUGAGUCGGGCACGAGCAGCAAUCAGUCACCUUCAGGGAGGCACUCUCAGCAUCCUGCCUGCCCCCCUCCACUCCUCAGCAUCCCAGGAGUCACUGGUACAGGGUGCUGAGGUUUCCUGUCCUGCAAAACAAGGUACUUGUCUCAAAAUCUACUGUAUCUCAAGGGAAUAUAAUUUAUUGUCUUUAAUAAACUUUAAUUUUGAUUUCUC